AUGAUCGCGACACCUUUUCCUCUUCUGUCAUCUUCAACAAUGCCAACAGCAAUUGGCACGCUAAUAGUCGUGAUACUCAAAGCAAAUCACCUUCCCAAUAAACGCCACAUCGGCAAGCAGGACCCCUACUGUCUUGUGUCACUCAACGGCACCAAACAACGCACAAAGGUCAUCAAGCGUGGUGGUCAACAUCCAGAGUGGGAUGAAGAACUGCGGUUUACCAUGUAUGAGGAGGACGAGUCGACUGGUCCCAAUGGUACACCCCCACCGCCUCCGCCCAAGGACGGCAAACGGAAAAUUCAAGGUGGCACAAUAAUGAAGUUGUCGUGUUUUGCGGACGAUCCUCGUGAACCUGGCCUCAUCGGGCAGGCAGAUGUAGAUUUAACAGAAGUUCUCACAAAGGGCGAGACGGAUGAAUGGUUUACGCUGAUGAACAAGGACAAAUUCGCUGGCAAAGUAUAUCUCGAGUUGACCUUUUUCUCCAACGAGGAGCCACCCGCACCGAAGCCACGACCGGCUGUGCCUCAAAAUAAUAGGGAAUAUAGCGGACCUGGUUCUUUCACGGCUUCAGAAGAGUUUCCCUCUGGUCCCUCUGGCGCAAACUUUCCGCCGACUCGAAUAGCAUCGACGAGUAGCAGCUAUGCCCAUCCCCGGCGCCCAUCGGACUCUACACCACCAGGGACUAUCCGUGCAUCUCAUUCAAACUCUCAAAUCGAGUAUUAUCAACCACCGUAUGAUCAACCGCAGCAACCACAAAAUACGAGAGGCAGGGUCGCAUCAUUUAGCACAUUGACGAAUGAUUUUGGAGACUUGAGUGUCGGAGACAAUCCUCGGAGAAGAGAGAGCUUCCCCCCUCCCCAGUCGACCAUUCUUGGAACGUAUUCCCAAUCAGGAUUCCAUGGAUAUGAACCGUCUGUUCCAGAGUCAGGUCCGGGUUAUUCUUAUGAGAGGCCGAUUACUCCUCCCUAUGGCAACUAUGCUCCUCCUCCCGCUGCCCCAUAUCGUCCGGCCUAUGAUUCUGGAUCAGGCCCAUACAAUACGCCACCCUCAAGGGGUCCUCGCUACAGUAUGCCGGCAACUUCGUCAGGUUUCAUGCCUCUGUCCAGUUCUACAUCAUCUGGCUUUGCCCCACUGACACCUGAGCCGACUGGGUUUGCACCGACUCUUCCACCGACUCCAGCUCCCCCGAUGAAUUAUUCACCUUCUCAUAUCAAUGGCAUCACUUCUUAUACUCCUGCACCAAGUCAAACGCCUGCACCAGGAUACCCUCCUGCCCCAUCCACUUUCCAAGGUCUCCCACCUGGCCAACCAUAUGGGUAUCCUCAAUAUCAGCCACCACCUGUUCAGUAUAACACGCCUCCACCUCCACAGCCUCAACAGAAUUAUACUCACCCACCCUCUCCCACCCAUCCUCCGUUGACACAUAGCACUUCCCUUUCAUCGAGCACUGGACCUGGAUCACGUCCACUACCUCAGCAACCAGUUCAUAGCCAGAGCCUGCCUCCCCCUCCGCCCGCUCAAUACUUCUCUCCUCCCGCAAGCCAGCCAAGUGUUGUCAACUCGCAACCUCCUGGGUCUUAUAGUCCAUCACAUCCGAGCCCAUCGGCUUUCCACGAGUCGUACAGUCCAUCUCAUCCAACUAGCUCUGCAUUCCAUGAAAGCUAUGUGCCUCCCCCGCCCCAGCCAUACGAACAUAGUGUGCCAUAUCAUUCACCGGGUUUACCGCCUCCCCCGCCAAACGGAGUUUCUCCGCGAAGACAGUCCAGUCUUCCAACUCCACCAACCCACCACCAGCAGCCGACUUAUGUAAACCCAUUACCGCCCCCACCGCCACCUCCGAUUGAUUACUCAGUACCUCCUCCGCCACCCAUUCCAUCAGCCAUCAACCAAAGCCAACCGUACUACCCCGGACCUCCACCCCGGCCUCCUGGUCAGCUUGAUGGAUCUGCAUGGAUGAACCAGCCACCUCCCCCUCCCCCUCAACAUUCAUAUUCAGUCCAAAGCUGGAACUGA